AUGGCGCUCCGAGACGAAGCCGCAGUCCAAGAACAACGGCGGAAAAAGGCCGGUAAAAAGCUUGCUUCUAUGGAAGUUCCGACGACAUCCAGCAAUGGCAAGAAGACAAAGAAGAAGUCUCGAGACUCUCUUCCCAAGGGAAGUUUCUUGGAGUCUGUCAGUUCCAUGAUGGACCAACCCAACACGACAGCAGCCUCAACCACAACGACAAAGAAGAAGAAAAAGCCGAGUGCCAAAGAUCCCGUGCGGCAAAUGGAAGAAGCCAACCAACAGCCCCGCAAAAAGAGUCCAGCCGCGCGACGUCCUUUGCCACCACCGCCACCACCUCCUCCGGUAGAGUCUCCACCAACCCGAAGAAAGACACCAAAGCAACAACCUACUGAGGUCAAGUCCAAGCCUACCGAGCCUCUCGCUGUCAAUUCCAAACCGAAAAAGACCAAGACGAAAAAAGAUAAGGCUCCUGAAUCUACCAUGUCCUUUUUAGAGAGUGUCCAAGCUGCCAUGAAGGCCAAGGAACAUCAAGAUGAAGAAGAAGAAGACAUGGUCGAUGACAGUCACAUGGACAACCAUCCCGAAAAGAAGAAACAGAAGAAGAAGAAAGUCCCAAAACUGAGUCUGGCACGACAACAAUCCUUACAAGAAGAAUUGGCCAAACGACGCAUGGAAAACAAGAAAAAGAGACGACAAGCAAAACAACUACAACUACAACAAGACGACUAUGUCGAAGAUGAAACCGUAGAACCCGUGGGUUGGUUCCAAUUGACCGUCAAGGAAAACAACAAUAGCAACAACAACAAUAAUACGAGUGACGAAGAAGACGAACAAGAGGCCCUGGCAGAUAAGAAGAAACAAAAGAAACCCAAACAAAUCAAGACCACGGUCGAGUAUUCUCGUCAUUACGACAAAUUUCUCACCAAAAAGGACGUUGAUGAAGCACCACCUGGCUACUACCUCGAAAUGUUGACGGUCAAGAAACGACACUUUCAUAUCCAAAAUCUAUUUGCUCCUCGUCCGCUCUUCGGAGGACGUGUCUACAAAUUUGAUGGCGACCGCCUGCAAGAAAUUUUGGACAAGAAGGACGACAAGUGGUUUGUCAAGUCGCGCAUGGCAUCGUAUCUAGAGCAAAUCGACUUGGAGGAUGAACAAGACGACGAUGACGAAAAGGGCAUGGAAGCACUGAGUAUUUUCUUUGGUCCCAACGAAAUUGACAAGAACAACAAUUCUGAUGAUUGUGACGAAAUCUUUUCCAUUGCCAGCGUCGAAAGUGUUCACUUUAGUGACGACGACGAAGCGGAACACGAAAAAUGGUUUCAAGGGCGUCCCCGCGACACGGUCGAAGUCAUGCCGGGAGAAUUCACCAUUUUGCGCAAGCCUGAAGAAACCCAUCAUGCCAUUGAAACGGGCACUUACAUGGAGAGUUUGUGUUUGGGAUGUGGCAAGGCGCUCUUGUCGGUACAAGAUGCGGUGCAAGUGGCAUGUCCCUCCUGUGGCAGUAUCACGCCCUUGAAUGCCAUUUGUUUGCACAAACCCUUUGGGAUUGCUACGGGUGUCGCGGCCGCCAAGGUGACAUUGGCGCCGCGCAAAAGUGUGUUUGAUGGCGACGCCAAGCAAAAAGCGCCCUCUCGAAAGGUCGUCACGGGCGUGUCGACGCGAUGGAUCAAAGAGCCGGCGCCAUUGCCAAUGCCGGAUGGGAUACCCGCAACCAUCAUUACCGACGCAGCAGCCGCCCCCAGGAAACCAGCACAAGCCAGGCGACAACAAGCCCAACGGCGACCCAAGGAAACAGCACAGAGGCCACGAGGAGGGAACAAACAACCCAGGAACAAACCGGCUACAAAGUCGGGUGCGGUUCCAGUGGCAGCCAGGUAG